AUGGGUGUUAAUGGUGCCAUAAAAAGAGUGUCGGAGCGCCCACUAGCAUCCACCUGCAUCUCUAGCACCCACCAGCACUCAUUAGCACCCACCACCACCAUCCCAACACCCAUCUACACCCACCAACACUCACGAGCACCCCCUACAACCCACCAGCACCGACUACACCCUCAGCACCCACCAUCACCUACUAGCACCCACUACCUUCCCUCCAGCCCCCCUCCCCCCAACACCCACAGCCUCCACCAUCACCUACUAGCCCCCUCAAGCCCCUACCAGCACCCCCCAGCCUCCACCCACCCCACCCCCACCCCACCAGCACCCCUCCAGCACCACCUGCACCCACCAGCAGGGGCAGCGGCGGCGGCCACCCUCGCUGACCACCUGGCUCGCCCCGGCCAAGAGGCUACACGCUGGCCACAGCCCGAGGACAAGCCCGUGCCCGCUUCACAAAGACCUCUGACAAGUAUUGUGAGACUCGCCGCGGAAAUAAACUACGCCGAUUAA